AUGUUAUUAAUAAUUCUACUGUCUGUAGCUGCUUUUGCAUACGUGCAUAAAGAGGAAUAACAUGUGAUGGAUGUUUAUAACAAAAUGAAUUCUAUAAAGGAAUUCCUAUCCCAAUUGGAGUAUUAUACGGCUCUGGAGAAAUUGGAGGUAAGGUCGAAAGAAAAUUUGCAGUUUGAGGAAGAAAGUUUUACGAUCUACAGUGAGCAUUACUAAGAAGUAAGGACAUUUGAAAUUUGUAGCUCCUCUAAUCAUUGAAAGCAGAAUAGGUGUGUCAUAAGAAGUAGAAGGAAGACAUGUAGAUGUUCUUAAGGGAAACCUUUCCAGAAUCAAUUGAUAAGAUAAAACGUAUAAUUGCAGAUAAAGUAUAUUAGUUAAUAAAAUAAGGAAAAACUCAUAGAAGGAGACAUUAAAGAACUAGCAAAGAUAAAACAUUCUUAGCCUGAAGAUAUCAGCAAACGUUUUGAGGAAUUUAAUUAUUUGCAUCAAAAAAUAUAAGAAGGUAAGAUCAAUUAGAUAAUGAUGUUUUAGUGUUAGAAUCGAAUGAUCAACAGGACAUCUAUAAAGCCUUGGAAUUAUUGGAAUCAAAAAUAAUGAUAGGGUCAUUCAAGCAGAUGCAAAAUUAGGAAGUGGAUUUUUUUAUGAAGAGCGUUGAUAGAUUAUUCCGAGAAAAAUCAAAUCCUCAUAAAAAAGAAGAGUCAAUCUAAUUGCUGAGUUUAAUGAGGAGUGUUAUAUCUGAGUAUCUGAUAACGAUGAUGAAUGAUCAAUUGGAGUAGUCCUUUGAUUUAUUGGAUAAGGAACUUUUUUUCACUCAAUCCAAGCACACUCAUAUCAAUGCUAAAGAUCAAUACGUAAAUCUGCUGCAGAGAGUAGAAUGUAAGUUUGUGAUUAAUCAAAACUGUAGAAAAUCAUUACAAUAUUUGGAAGAGUAUCUUAGAAGCCAAAUUUGACAGCACAAUGCUGGAAGUAGCUGAAAAACAAUAGGAUACUGCAAGUAAAAUAGGGAAUCGUGCUAUGCAAUAUCAUACAUAGAUGUAAGAAAUGUUUAAGGCAAUGCUAGAACGUUUUUUAUAAAGAUGA